UCCAUGCUGCUCAAUGGCAUUGUGGAUCCUGCAGUCAUGGGAGGCUUCACAAACUAUGAGAAGGCUUUUUUCACUGAAAGAUAUAUGCAUGAGCACCCAGAAGAUCAUGACAAGAUUGAAAAGUUGAAGGAUCUGAUCGCUUGGCAGAUCCCAUUCCUGGCGGAAGGAAUCCGGAUCCAUGGGGAGAAGGUGACAGAGGCACUGAGGCCCUUCCACGAGCGGAUGGAGGCUUGUUUCAGGCAGCUGAAAGACAAAGUGGAGAAGCAGUAUGGGGUCCGUGCUGUGCUUUCCAGCCUGGAUGACCGGCGAGGCAGUCGGCCACGCUCCAUGGUGAGGUCCUUCACCAUGCCUUCCUCGUCCAGACCUCUCUCUGUUGCCUCAGUGUCUUCCGUCUCCUCUGACAGCACUCCUUCCCGGCCUGGCUCUGAUGGGUUCGUGCUGGAGCCACUCCUGCCCAAAAAGAUGCAUUCCAGGUCGCAAGAUAAAUUGGACAAGGAUGACCUAGAUAAAGAGAAGAAGGAAAAGAAGAAGGAGAAAAGGAACAGCAAGCAUCAAGAGAUAUUUGAUAAAGAAUUUAAGUCUACUGAUAUUUCCCUGCAGCAGGCUGAGGCUGUGAUCCUCUCAGAAACGAUCAGCCCACUGAGACCGCAGAGACCGAAAAGCCAAGUCAUAAACAUCAUCUCCAGCGAAAGGCGAUUCUCCGUCUCUCCAUCCCCUCCCAACUCCCAGCUGACACCUCCCCCCAUCACUCCACGGACAAAGCUCUCCUUCAGCAUACAGUCCAGUCUGGAGCUGAAUGGCAUGUCCAGCACUGACAUUCCUGAUGUCCCUCCUCCUCUGCCCCUCAAAGGAAGCAUGGCUGACUAUGGGAACCUCAUGGAGAGCCAAGACCUCAUCAGCCCAACCUCCCCCCCUGCCCUUCCACGGCACCUGCCACCUCCUCUCCCCAGCAAGACUCCUCCGCCUCCACCUCCAAAGACAACUCGGAAGCAAACAUCUGUUGAUUCUGGGAUUGUCCAGUGA